AUGAUACCAUCCGACACUACCACCACUGCCAAUCCACAUCAGCGCGCCUACUCAGUCAUGGCAGUGCCCAGUGAAUUAGAGCAACAUCGACAUAACAAGUACAAGCAUUACAAUGCCAACAGCAACAGUAACCAUCUGAUAUGGUACCAGGAGGUGUACAAAAAGUACGGCUAUGAGCCUAAGCUCAAAAAUCCGUCGUAUUUUGGACCUUAUUUGUUGUUGCAAACACUUGGAGAAGGUGAAUUUGCUAAAGUCAAGGCCGGAGUUCACGUUCAAACAAAUCAAGAGGUAGCCAUUAAAUUAAUGAGAAAAGACCACAUCAAAUUGGCUUCAUUAGAGACAAAAUUGGAGCGAGAGAUAUCCGUGCUCAAGAGCGUGGAUCAUCCCUAUAUCGUCAAAUUGUUUGAAGUAUUAACAAUUAAAAAUUACAUUGGAAUUGUAUUACAACGUGCAGCAGGUGGUGAAUUAUUCGAUUACAUUUUGAAGCAUCAUUAUCUGCAAGAACCUGAAGCCAAACGACUCUUUGCACAGUUGAUCAGCGGCGUAGACUACAUGCACCAAAAGCACAUUGUGCACAGAGACCUCAAAUUGGAAAAUCUACUGUUGAGCAAAGAUCGAGACAUUAUCAUUACAGAUUUUGGAUUUGCAAAUCGAUUUCAGGUAGCUCAAGAAGAUUUGAUGGCCACUUCAUGUGGAUCGCCCUGUUAUGCAGCACCGGAAUUAGUGAUCAACGAUGAAAAUCAGUACGUUGGUACAGCCGUGGAUAUUUGGUCAUGCGGUGUCAUUUUGUUUGCCAUGCUGUGUGGUUACCUGCCUUUUGACGAUGAUCCAACUAAUCCUCAGGGGGCCAAUAUCAACGUGUUGUACAAAUAUAUUGUCAGCACUCGACUUGAAAUACCGAAAUCCAUGAGCAUAGAUGCCACUCAUUUGCUGCGACGCAUGUUGGUGCCAGAUCCAGCAAAGCGAUGUACUAUGGAAGAAAUCAAGCGACACCCGUGGUUAAGUGAACACCAGCACUUGUUUGUGGUUGAAGAAGAAAAGCACAAUCACAUGAGCAGUGCAACAGUAUCCUCGGAUUCUCGGUUAUCAUCACCCGCUGCUGCUGCUCAAGACGAUAAUAGCACUACUAUGCUACCUUUACAUGAACCGGAAUCUCGGGAAGAAAAUGUAACAGCUCGAGAAUCAUUACCACCCACACCGAAAGCAUCCAACUCAUCCACCACAACUGCAUCCUCAUCUUCAUCCUCCUCAUCAUCGCCAGCAUCUGUCAUUCAUACCACUGCCAAGAACCCUGCUACUACUACUACUCCUACUACUACUACUACUACUACUACUCCUACUACUACUACUAUUACUACUACUGUUGCUGCUGUUGCUGCUGUUGCUGAUACUACUGAUGAUUACGUAGCACAAUCAGCACUACCUGCCACUACUACAGCAACUUCGUUUCUUGAAGCUAAAUUUAUUUCUACAUUACAACCUCAAUCUCAACAACAACCAUCACAAACAUCGUAUCAGCAGCCCAAUUCCACAACCAACAAGAUACCCAAUCGAUCCGCCAGUGUUCAACCUCAACAUAAAAGCAAAUACAACACUAAAAGGGAACGAACAACAAGUGAAUACAACAAGAAUCAACAGCAACAAAAGCAUCAAUCGCUGCAAAUUCUUCCCUCUGUUUCUGAAACCACCAUCCACGAUGACAUUUCGUUCAGUGACAGAGCUAAAUUAAAGGGCCAAAAACUAAUGGAAUGGUUUAUCAAGCGCAGUAAAUCACAAAGCACAAAAUUUCCUUCUCGGCCAGCAGCCAAUCACAACAAGGUACCUGAAAAGCAACAGCAGCAACCACAACGACCUAUCAGUGCUUUACCCAAUCCGAUCAGAGCCAUGCCGAUUGGUAAGCCUUUGGGAUCCUAUGCAGCAGAUUUUAAUGACUCAAAGCUGAGGUUACACCGAGGAGCAGUAGAUCAAGAUGCACUCACAUCCAAAGCACCCAAUGAAGUGCUACAUGAAAUCAAGGAGUGUCUCAGUCUCAUGGGGAUUGAUAUGAAGAAAUGUCAUGAUUUCAAAAUCAAAUGUGUCAGGCCUGCACGUCGCCGUCAUCCGGUAGUGCCAGACAAGGUCAACGCCAAUGCAAACACGUCAACAAAAGGGAGCACGCGCACCAGAAAGAACACAACGACGAUUCCAUUCAAGCUGUUCUUCAAUAGCAGCAACAAUAGCAACAACAUCGGCUCGAAAACAACAGCCACCACAUCCACCACCCACAUCAUUUACGGCGAACAAGGCAUUGACAAUGGCGAACAGGUGCAAUUCAAUGUCGAGCUGUCCAAGAUUGAAAACUUACCUGGCCUGUACGUGGUCGACAUCAAACGCACUCGAGGCAACAUCUGGGCCUUUAAAUUUCUGUAUCAUACAUUGCUGGAUCUGCUGGAUCUCAGCGGCAACAGCCAAGGAGGCGUUGGCUACAUGGCACAACGAAGGAUCUCGAGUGAAAAGGUCGAGGAUCUGGUCAAAAACCGCAAGAGCUACAUGACAACCAGCAGUAGUAGUGGCAGUAGUAGCAUCGUCGUAUAUCAAUAA